UAAGAACGUUGGGUCGCGUUACAUUUGCAAGUCGCGUCGCGUUUAUUUAUGAUUGUCUGUCAUUUAAACGUCUCUUGGACUUCUCUUUUGGUCCUAACCCUUGUCAUAUUGUUUGCAAUGUCUUCAGACGCCGGUGAUAAAUAUGUUUCUGUAGAUUUUGAGGUGUUCGGGAAUGUUCAAGGUGUUUGCUUCAGAAUGAGGAUGCAUGAACUGAUUAAAUUAUACAGAACAAAAGCGGAGAAACUCGGCGUGACGGGAUGGGUAAAGAACACUAGACAGGGCACUGUGGUGGGACGGUGCGGGACAUCCUGA